AUGAAUUGGGAACUCGUCGGAGACACAGGCGCAGUCGACCAAUGGACAUUCGACCAGACUGAUGGAGCCGAGGCUGCGCUGCAAAAGCACUGGGGUUCAUGGUUCACAGAGUCGGACAUGGCACAAAUUGCCGCGUGGGGCCUCAAUACUGUCCGCAUCCCCAUUGGUUAUUGGGCCUUCAACAACACUGACAGCCCUUACAUCUCGGGUGCUGAUGCGUACCUCGAACAAGCCUUGGGCUGGGCCCGUCAGUACAACAUCCAAGCCCUGAUCUGCAUGCACGGUCUGCCUGGCUCCCAAAACGGCUUUGACAACUCUGGUCACAGAGGUGAAGCCCAAUGGGCAGAGAACAGCACCAACCUUGCUGCCAGCACUGCAGUCCUUGAGUUGAUGGCAGCAAAGUACGGCACUGCGGCCUACAGCGACGUCGUGUAUGGUCUUGAGCUUGCCAACGAGCCCAUUGUCUGGGACUACGAUUCAGCCAAAAGCGCUCAGGAGUGGGCUGUCACCACCGUCCAAGCCAUGCAGUCGCACAUCACCAAUCCCGACCUCAAGCUCAUCAUGCACGACGCCUUCCUCGGUGCCAAAGCCUGGUCAGCAGUAGCCCAACAGUUGAACUUCAACGCCGAUAGCCAGAACUUUGUGCUCGAUGUGCACUUGUACCAGAACCAGGGCGGCGACACUUCAAACAUGGAUCAAGACCAGCACAUCGCUACUGUCUGCGAUUACCCCAACACUCAGUUUGUUCCCGAGUCCGCCAACCUGCCCGUCAUCGUCGGUGAAUUCAGCGAUCAGACCAACAUCUGCGUUGAUGCUUCUGGCAAUGUUACUGCAGGAACUUCUUGCUCUACUGACGGCUGCCAAUGUUCCGCUCAACUUGACCCCUCUGAAUGGAAUGCCGACCUCGUGGCCGCAACCAGAAAGUUCAUGGAAGCUCAACUUGACAUCUUUGAAGAGUAUUCCAAUGGCUGGUUCUUGUGGAGUUACACUGGUCCUGGUGCUUGGGGCUUGGGUAACUUGUUCAAGAACGGUGUUGUUGGUCCUGAUCACAUUACUCAGAGACAAUACCCUGCACAGUGCAACUCGACGAGUUCGAGCUGA